GUUGGUUUUGGAAAUGAGGGGUUUCUUGACGGCCGUUAUUAUUUUUCUUCGAAUUCAUGCAACCGAGGGCACGCAUGCGGCUGGUUUGUGUGGUAGCAAUGAUAUGGUUGGAGAAAAUAACCCUAAAGGAAAAAACCAGAACAUCGGUUCAAAUACAGCGUUCGGGUAUAUGAUGGCAGACCCUGAUUUUACGUUCGACUGCUGCGGGGUGAUCGAGAGUUGGCAAGCCAAUUUCGAUAACGUUGAGCCAAAUACUAGGACUCUGCACUUCCAAGUAUGGCGCCCGACUACAGGAUCAGACUUUCGACUCGUCGGGCAGAAUUCCGUCUCUGUUUCUGAGGACGAUGAGGUUACAUUUUCGAUAGCAACGGGAAGUAGGAUAACGGUGAAAGCAGACGAUCGUAUUGGAUGGUGGACUGACGGAGCGGACAUUAUAACUUACAAGACCGGCGGCGGUGAGGAUGAUCAGAAUCAUUUUAUGGCCUUAACUUCGACAACUGUUGGGAACAUAGUGGACUGGAGUGGUGCAAUUGUUGAGGAUGAACGCACAUAUGGGAUUAGAGCGGAUCUUAACCCGAACAAUGAUCCCUCUUUUACCAACCUUCCUGGAUCAACGUCUAUUACCAACGCCGCCGCCGCAAGUACGAAUCUAGUAACAAUUACCGUCACAGACACGGACUCCUAUGACGUGGACACACUUGAUGUCACUAUGACGACAAACGUCAGAUAUUCUUUUGAUACAACCACAAAUUUUAAUUCAGCAAGCAGUUUUACUAACGUUGGAUCAACACAGGACAAGCUUGUGUUUCGAGUUGUUGACCAGUGUGAUAACACAGCAUCAGCUACAUUUACUGUCACAAUUACCAACGAUCCACCAGAAAUACAGAACCUCCCCGCAGCUGAAUCACUCAGUGAAGACGUUACUGCCGAGACGCUUAUAUUCACCAUAACCGCCACUGAUUCAGCUAACGACGUUACAUGUUCCCUUGCAACUGGGGUCUCAGCCACGUUACCCUUCCUGGUCAAGCAGAUACCGUCAUCAACGGAUUAUGGAAUUUACAGCAAGUCUAAUCCGGGCUUUGAUUAUGCAGCUACAAGCUCUUAUGCUUUCGACAUCGACUGUUCGGAUGGAUUUACCUCGGAUAAAGAAGAGUUCACCGUCUAUCUUGUAAAAAACGCUGCUCCAGUUUUUGUCAAUCUGCAAAACUCUACGACCAUAUCCACGACCGUUCUGGUAGGAACAACCGCGUUUACCGUCCUGGUGACCGAUGCUGAAGGGGACGAUUUGACUUUCACUAUGACAUGUAUCCCAGCCUCAUGCCCUUUCACAAUCUUCAACUCGGGCGAGAUUCAAAUCAACACUGACUUAACUGGACACACGACGGUGGGAUAUGACCUAGAAAUCACUGUUGCCGAUUCAAAGAACACGGUUGGGCCUAGUCUCCUUACUAUUACGUUAGCGGAUAUAAACGACCCCGUUGUUUUGACCAAUCUUCCAUCCGCUGUAACGAUCACUGAAAACGUUGCUGUAGGAACGUCAGUGUUCGAUGUCUCCUAUUCUGACGUCGAUGUUUUACAAGCACACACGUUUGCUAUCACCAGCUCAUCGCCUAUAAGCGGCACUGGAUACUUCACGAUUGACAGUGAUACUGGGAGCAUAACAACAUCAGCACUUAUUGACUACGAGACCAUUGCUGCAACAUCGUUUACGUUAACUGUCACCGUGGCAGACCCUGUGACAUCAGACACAUGGGAUUUGACCGUUAAUAUAGCAAACGAAAACGAGGCACCGUCGUUUGGUCAGGCUAGUUACAGUCUCUCUGCUGAAGAAGGCAACGCUGGCACUGUUAUUGGUACACCCUCGUUUGGAUUAACAGACCCUGACACUGGCGAUUCGAUGAAAUUAGUAUUGGAUUGUGGGGAGCAGACAGGCUAUUUCUAUAUGCACCCAACAAGCGGGUAUAAUUCGGUAAACUUCCAGUCCAACUACGACCUUGAUGUCAAUGCCCUCCCUACAUCCGUUCCCUGCACAGUGACUGUAACAGAUAACGGGGAAUUAACAGACACUGCCACCCUGACCAUUACGAUCAACGAUAUAAACGACAACGUUCCAACUUUUUCUCCGCUGUCUUACACGUUCUAUAUUAGUUAUUACACUAUCGCCGGUGCAAGCGUCGGAGCGGUAACGGCAACGGACAAUGACGCGGGAGCUUACGGUGUGUUGACUUACACCCUUGACCAGACUGGUCUAAGCGAAGAGUAUUUUGCUAUAGAUUCCACAGGGCUGAUAACCACUAAGGUUCAGCCAUCUACUGGUUCGUUAGGCUACGGUACAUCUGUAACAAUUUCUGCAAAGGCAUCAGAUGUUGGUGGAAAUGAAGAUUCAGCCACUGUGGUUAUUAUCAUAUCCGACACUACAACAACCAGCACGACAACGACCACAGACCGAUACAGAACGUUUAUGGAAGACAGUAAGAACGUGGCAUGGGUGGUUGUCGCUGGAGUGCUUGCAUUAGGUUGUCUAGUGGCGAUGGUGUAUGUGCUGGCUACUUGUCGGGGAGAGAACGGAUGUUCGCAAUUCAUGCGAACAUGCUGCAAUACUACGAAACGUCUGAAGCGCAACACCUACAUGCCUCGCAAUUACGAUUUUCAACGUGAAAGGCGUGAUAUCCGGCAGACGUCUGAUAGUAUUGUGUCCCCAAGAGCAGUCAAUGUGAAGCAAUCUUUUUCUAUAAGAAAGCCUCCACCCCCGAAAUUAACAUUGAAAGAAGGCGUCAACGGAUUUUACACGUUAACGUUUGCCGAGGCGUCUAGAAGAUGCACUGACUAUGGCCUCACGAUUGCCACCCCUGCCCAGCUUUUGGAGGCGUGA